AUGGCCUCCAGAUUUCAAGGCUUGGCGAUAUUGCCUCUAUUAGGAUUCGCUGCUGCAUCCUGUAUAUCUUCUGGAGAUCAAAAUACAAUUAACAAUUUAUUCAAGUCCGGAGGUGCAGGCACCGUCGUCCAGAUAUGUGCUGGUACAACUAUUUCCGUCACUGGAACAAUCACUUUCACUGCCGAUAACCAAGAAAUCUCUACUUCUGGCUACCCUACCGAUGAAACCAGGGCAAUUAUUCAGCCUGCCUCCGGAAGCGAUGUCAGUAUGCUGCUUAGCGGAUACGGAUACAAUGGCCUUCGUGUGAAGAAUAUUCAAUUUGAUGGAUUGCGUCCUAGUCUUGGGCUUGUCAAAGAUGGAGGUGCAACAAUCGAACUCGGCCAGAAUAGCAAUGGAAUUGAGAUAUCCAACAUUGUCUCUAAAAACGCUCGCGCAUGGAGCUGCCUGCAUUUACUUCAGGGUGGUACAGACACCCCGUGUACCAAUGUCACCAUUAGCAACAAUCAGAUCGGUCCAUGCGGAAAUGAGGGUCUUAACUCUGCUGGUGUCAGCCAGUGGGCGGAUGGUAUCUCAUUCGCAUGCCGGGAUUCUUUGAUUGAAAAUAACUAUGUCACUGGCAGCACCGAUGGUGGAAUCGUCUUGUUCGGCGCACCUGGCACCACUGUCCAGGGAAAUACUAUCGUCUCAUCAACAACAGAUGCCGGAUUCGGUGCGAUUAAUAUGGUCGAUUACCUUUACGACGGUAGCUAUGCGAAUGUCUUAGUGACAAACAACACUAUUACCGGAGAAAAAUUGUUCAAUGUCGGAAUUGCAAUUGGGGCUUAUGCUUGGUCCUUUAAUGAUGACGCCUCUCUUCAAGGACCGGCCACUAUCACAAAUAACGUCUUCAGCGGUAACAUUCCGUUUGCUAUUGGUGUCAAUGGCUGGACUGGCGGCCUUACAGUUACCGGAAAUGACGUCUCCAAUGUAAACAGCCCUACAUCUGGUUACUCCGAUGCGAACUCGUGCGUUGCUCCAACGAGAGAUCUGUGGAAACAAAGCGCCCAUCUUGCUUACUACCCAACCGGGCUCACGGGCACAAACAAUCUUCAAAGUGGCUUUGUCGCAGCAGACGGAAACUCGACCAAUUUCAUCUGCACGGCGCCAUCACUCCCUUCAUCUAUCAGCUACGGUCUCAAUGAACUCAACGUCGGCGUCAAUACCGUGCUUGCGAACUUACACAAUAGUAUUGUAACCCAAUACCAGGGUGACGGCAAUAUCGUCACUUACAACACUUCGACGGGGUCCUAUGUCCCCGUUUGGGCUUCUGGACAUACCUCGUCAGUGUGCAGCUCGGAUCCAAGCGCUUGUAGCUGCGAUUUCCAGGGUGAUGGGAACUUCGUUACUUAUGCUUCUGGGAAACCACAGUUUGUUACUGGUACACAAGGCAAGGGUCAGAAGUUGACGUUUUUGAACCAGAGUCCGUGGAUUGAAAUUACAGAUUCGGCUGGGAAUGUGGUAUGGGAUACUACCGACGCGAACUGA